AUGAAAACUUUUUAUGCAGUACUCAGCAAGGUCCACGGCGCUGCCGAGCAAAUGGCCAAAAUUGGUAAGUACAAGAUUGAGAUACCUAUAUUUUGUUAGAAAAGGAAAAAAAAUAUUGGGGAAAAUAAUCGAAUAUUAUUUUUUUCUUCCAAAAUAAAUAUUUCUGGAAAUUCUUCUCGAUCACUGUUACCACUUUAAGUAAGGACAAAUUUAUGCGCUAAUUCUCAACACAGCAAAGCUUUCACUCUUGUGUUAUUUAUGUAAAUUCAUUGUUGACCUUUAGAGCCAUGUCCGCACUAUAACGGGUAGGUUUUUAUGUUGACAUUAAGAAUUUUCACGUACAGUGUAGAAAACAGCAACGGCACAGAAUCAAAAAGAUCGCACAAGCGGGUUGUCCAAAGGGGUUUGGUGCACUUAUUACCAAUCCUCACUUAUGUUAUUUCCUCUUUUUUAUUGUCUUCCAAUUAUAUGCGAAUAAAGGACAUUAAUAAUAGUACUUAUAAUAAUAAUAAUAAUGACAAGAAUGAUGAUGGUGAUGAUGAUGAUGAUGAUGAUGAUGAUGAUGAUGAUGAUGAUGCUGAUAAGGAUAAGGAUGAGGAUGAGGAUAAGGAUAAGGGUAAGGGUAAGGGUAAGGGUAAGGGUAAGGGUAAGGAUAAGGAUAAGGAUAAGGUUAAUAGACUGCGAGCAGCGCGAGCCAGCGGCGAAGCCGAGAACCGCGAGAAACGAGGGCGUAAGCCCGAGAAGAAAAAAUAAGAGACUGCUGACUCUUUUGUUCUGUCUGGUGACAACGAAGCUGUCAAGGUAAUUUAAUUAAUCAAUAAACACGAGUAACUUGAAACGAUUUAUGAAUAGAACAUUAAACAACUGAAAAAAUUACUAUUUCUUUAAAUCCGGUAAGAUUGCCUUGAAUUCGUUUCCCUUAAGGGAAAUUUGCAGCAGUUUCCUUCUGUAAGACAUCCUUAAAAGUUUUAUUACUGAGAUAACUGCUUGGUUCGCUAUUGUUUGCUGUUGGUUGUGACGCGUGACUAUUUUUAUUGCUUGCGAUCUCACCACAGACCAGUCAAUGACCUUUCCACAGCUGAUCAAUUGACCAAUCGGUUACUCCGUUUCUGGGCUGACGGAGGGUUUGUUUACUACAAUGAAGAGUCAGCAGUCCGUCUUUUCUCGUCUCGUCUCUGUAAUAAUAACGUCGUGGUCUGGAAUAUCGCUGGAUGAGAUAAGAACUAAACGGAUUUUAAGAGAAAAGGCGGACUGCAAGCAGUCUAUAAGGUUAACGAUAAUGAUAACGAUAACGAUAACGAUAGCGACAAUGAUAAUGAUAAUGAUAAUGAUGAUGAAACAUUAUUAGUAGCAUCAUCAUGGUCACAGAAAAUCUCAAAAUGUACAUGUUUAGUGUCGGAGUAAAUGUAACCAGUUCUAGGCUACUGCACCGGUAUAACUUUGUAACCAGACUCUGCACUGAAAUAUAUGGUCCUUAUUAUUCUAUGCCGUAGACUGACUACCCCCCUCCCCCACCUUUUUUUUUCCUUUUUCUUUUUUUUUUUAUUAUUAGAAAUGGACACCGAUGUUGUCAAAGAAUCAGAAGUCCAGAUCAGUGGCUGUUAUAAGAUCGCAAGUGGUAUCCCAGCAUUUCACCUAACUCGGAUUGAACACUCUUGUUUGAUGACACCCGAAAAUAAGUGGGAAAUCCAGGUGAAAUGUCGCCCCUUACUGCAUGACACCCAAGAAGAGCCCAAGCAAAGUAACAAAUGGAGAAGCCUCACGUUGGUCUACCCCGACGCUAAAGUGCAAUUGAUACACAAUGACAUUGAAGUCACUUUGCCAUCUCUGCGGGAAGACGUCGAGAUCGCUGCGUUCGGAAGACCGGGAAAAGAGGACAAGAAAAGAAUGCAAAUGGCGAUCUUUGCUAAACGACCAAAACAAGGAAGAGACUGGCAGAUUUGGGUUUAUCUUGUAGAUGAUACAAACCCAGCUUGUAAGGUAUUUUUGCUCUUUCAAUUUGUUUAUUUAUCUUUUGUUAACAAAUGAGCAUAUAAACUGUGUACGACGUAUGCCAAUAAAAACAUCCACCAGUCACAAGUCCUAACGGUAGAUAACGGUAAAUUUUUGCUUAUUUGACCUUCAAAGCCGAGAAGGAAGAUUCCAAGGACUUUAUUUGUAAACUGUAAAUUUAGCAGUACGCUUACAGGCACACUAACAAGAGUUGCAAGUCACCUGAAGUAAAUAAAAUGUUGAGCGUUUUGAUUUGCAAAAAUCGUAUUUUUCACUUUCAAAACCGUAUCCAGAGCGGUCCUUUUAAAACUUAGCAUUGGGAUCGCUGAUUUUGCUUUUAUGCUCCUUUCUUUCUAUAUAGUCACUCUCUAUUUCUUGUUGUUUUUUCUUGUUGUAUUUGUUUGUUUGUUUGUUUUUUGGGGGGAGAGGGGGUGAGGGGUUGUUUUGAUUCUUAACCUUUCCUUUUCAUACCAGAGAGGUUAUCGGUAUAAUUGGACGCAAAUAACAGAAUUAAAACCUCUUCACUUUUUCCCCUUUUACCCAUGGGUGCAAAUUUCAAUAAGUUUGUAUUCAAAAGUACUAGAAAUUUAAAUUCGCAAAAUAUGGCUGCCAACACUUGGGUUACCAUGCUAUAAACUUCAGUUUUGACGAACACGUCACUUUAAGACUUAAAAGUAUUUCCAGAUGAAUUUCUUGAAAGUCGUUAAGUUUGGCGAUCAUACCUUAAAAGGACUUCAGAACUUCAAAGUUUUGGAGUAACGCAAACUUUUCUCAUGCUUCAUGUCUUCCAGAAUUCUUCAGGGACUUUACAUUAUUACAUAUUUAUGUCUUUACAUUAUUACAUAUUUAAGACUUUACAUAUUACGCCGAUUAGCGAAAAGAAAUCGUGCUAGUGUGCGUAACUGCUCAGUCACUUGCCCCUGUCUUAGAAUGCUAACCGUCGUAAAACAUCUCUUGUAAUAACUCGAUUUUGCUCUCCAAGGGGUUUUUAUUUUCAACAGUUAUAAUUUUUCGUCCGUUUAAUGUUAACAGAAAAUUUGCCAGAAAGGAGACCACAGUGGACAAAGGCUUCUGACACCUCUUUCUGGGAUAUUUGUGUCUAACAGCAAUGAAGACAUCAAAAUUGAGCUCAAUUCAUUGGAAGAUGGAUGGAAGGUCAAAGGAAGCAAUGUGAAGGUACCAGUAGAAAAUUUUAACGAAGCUUUUUCUUAAGCAAAAGUUAAUGAUCGAUAACGUUGUUUAUCAUGAGUGAAAUAAGUGGCUCUGGUGGUAUUUUUCUGCCUUUUAGCGGACUUCUCGAGGCUUUCCCAUUCCUCAUGCAGUCGUCGGUUGAAACACGAUCUACUCCUCUCAAAUCCCCUACUUUUACAUCUCUCCAGUAACUCCUCCCUAGCUCUUUAUCUUUAAUUCUAUAGUUAAUGAGCUUAAAAUACCGACCAUCUAUUCAAAUCGCAUUUAAACUAGACAAUUUCUUCCUAACGGUCUUACUGGCAAUAUAAAAGGAAAGAUGCAUUUGUACUAGUACUACCGCAGAGAAAAAACCUUGCAAGAGUUUGUUCGACUGAUCACGGACCAUCUAUUUUUUCUUAAAAGAUAGUCGAGUGCGUGAAUGAAAAUAAAAACCGCGAUAUAUAAAUAUUGAUCCCAAGUGCAAGGAGCUGAGGUAACAAAGGGAAAACGUCUGUGAGCAAGCUAUGCCACUAAUAACCUCACAGAACAUAUCUAUCAGUUCUUAACCUUUCACUUGUCUUGCAGACCAUCAAGUCAAGAGAUGCAUGGAAUUCAACAGAAAGCUCUACUGACUUUCCAUGUUGCUAUUUCGAUAUAUGUCACGUUAACAACGCGAAUAAUUCAUUCUUCUGUGAAAUCAAAACCUCCCAUGAAGGUGACUCUGCACACGCGGAAGUUGUGGCAUAUUUUGAGCGAGUAAGUUUUAAAUGGUCUGUUAGGGACAACUCAGGUGACCACCACGGAAAUUCAAAAAAGUGGUUGUUACUAGAGAUGGUCGCUAAGGAGAAUAAGCUCUCUUAAGCGACAUAUUCACCAUUUUCACAUAAACCAUAAUGCACCAUGUUUAACCCCCAAAACUUUGCAUAACCGUUGUCUUGGAUUUCUCUUAGGACGACUGUAAUACCUAGGAGAAAUUGGAAACAAUGGUUGUGCAAAAUUCCUGGGGUACACAAGGUGCAUUAUGGUAUAUAUGUGAAAGUUGUCAGUUGGUUAAACAAUAGGGGACGGUCGCUUACGAGACCUGCAGAAACUCAUCGCGUUCGUCAGAACGCAUCCAAAUCUUGGUCCUCCUGUGAUACAAAGCCACAAAAUUUCGAGGUUUCGCUGGCGACUGCCGACUAGCAGCCCUUACUGAUUUUAUCAGGGGCAACUCGGCCUGAACCUGGACCCCUUUCGACUCGAUUUUGUCUUCGUAAAUGACGAACGCGGAUCUGUGAUCAAUGAUAACCUCCAGUUAAUAGUUAACAACGAGAAAAAAACAAAACAAAACAAAACAAAAGAAAUGAAUGUUUAAUGAGCGACUUUGCAUCUGAUAUAGACACGACUUAAGUAACGUCCAAUAAGCUCAGUGUUCAUUUUCAACAAAGUGAUGAUUUAUAUGAAUAAAACCCUUAGUAUUCACCGAGUGGUCGCUUGCGACAGCAUAAAAACAAAGGCAACGUCCAGUUGGGUAAUCUCGAAACUGGUCGCAAUCGCUUAAGGGUGAGGUCGCUGUCAUUACAAAGCUUAAGUCACAGUUCAAACGGAGUUUUUCAAAGGUAGUCGUAAUUAGGGCUGGUCGCUUACAAGAGUAGUGGUCAAAAGGAAACCUUCGACGGUAUUUGGGAAAACCAGUUUUUUUUUCUUUUUUUCUUUAACAAGAACUUCUUAUUACUUCAUUCUGUAGGAAACAGGUCUGGAACUCGUUCAGUCUCCUGCAGAUGUCGACAAACUGGGUAAUUCUUGCACCUUCGUUUCAAAAGGUAAGAUCAUAGUGAUUUUAAAAUUAUUAAUAACUUAUGUACACUUUCUAUAAACGAAGUUUUUGUUCUGUUUUGUUGGCUUAACUCUUCCAUGUGUUUUAUUUUUCAGAAAUAGACACCUCAAUUCCAUUGUUUCUUUUUUUUCUUUCUUUGCUCUACGAUCCUCCGGCAUCUCCCCCAAUUUUCCCUGCAGGUAUGUUUAAAGCACUUUAAGAUAAAAAGGAUUUUCGUCACGGCCGUCAAGUUCAUUGAGUUAACACAAUGCCUAUAUAUAACACGUCUUUACUUGCUAAGGAACGUGAAAAGUUAAACAUUUACUUCCGUGUCGAAGACAAAAUCACAACUUUGUAACAAACAUCUCCCCAAAGCGUUAUAUCAAACGUUACAAACAACAAGAAUGAAAUAUGAAAAACUGUUCGCUAUCAAGUUUUAAAAAACGGCCUUCUUUUGUAAGUACUGUCUUGCUGUUUGAAUUUUGAUAAAUUGCGUUUAACAGUGCCUUUAAUUUUUUUACCCUGCUCACAGGGGCUGGCUCAUUCUAAGCUACGUGCCAUGUAUAAUGCCCUCAAUGGCUGAUCAAGAUAGAGGUCCAUGGCCAAUUUGUUUAAAAAAGGAUUUGAAAGACCCGAGAGGAAACAAUACUCUGAUUCCCUGACGAAUUUCGCGAGUUUGCGAGACGCGCAUUUCUUGUCAAGUAUACAAUACUGUUUUAGGUCUGAGAUACGAUCAGCCUCAAUAGCUUUUUUUCGUGUUUCUGGUUAGAAUUAAACCAAAUGUGAACUUAACUUAAGGUAUUGUGAUCAGAUCCUAAUUUCUUGAAUUCGUUCCACAGAAACAACUGCAACGCGGCAAAACUUCAUGACGAUGAAGUUUAUAUCAAGAGAAGCACUGUGGACGCUUGUAUUAAUUUCUUCACGCAAAAAAAUCUUAUUUUAG